AUGGCAGCACAGGUUACCGAUGCGUUGAAGAAUUUGAAGGUGAAGGACCCUAAUUCUGUAAUUGAGUCUGCAGCGGAGGCCAAAUCAAAUGGAAACACGCAAGCCGAAGCCGAAGAUUCGGAUGAUGAAGAAGAGGAGCCCGUGAAUGGAGAAGGUGCUGGGGAAGGGGGAGCGAAGAAGAAGAGGAAGAGGAAGAAGAAGCCGAAGAAGAAGGCUGGAGCCAAUCCUAAAGUUCAAUCGUCACCUCCACGAGUUCUUCUAUCGAAUUUAUUUCCAAGCGGCGAAUACCCUGUUGGAGAGGAAGUCGAAUAUAGAGACGAGAAUAAUUAUCGAACAACUAGUGAAGAGAAACGUUAUUUGGAUCGCAUGAACAAUGAUUUCUUACAAGAGUAUCGACAGGCUGCCGAGAUUCACAGACAGGUCAGACAAUAUGCUAAAGCCAAUAUUAAACCUGGGCAAACCUUGACCGAAAUCGCGGAAGGGAUUGAAGAUAGUGUGAGAGCUUUGACUGGUCACCCAGGAUUGGAGGAGGGAGAUAACAUUAAGGGAGGUGUCGCUUUCCCAACUGGUGUCAAUCUGGAUCAUAUCGCCGCUCAUUACAGUCCGAACGCCGGAAACAAGACCGUUUUGGCUUAUGAGAAUGUUAUGAAGGUCGAUUUUGGAGUACACGUUAAUGGUAGAAUUGUGGAUAGUGCUUUUACUAUUGCUUUUGAUCCCAUGUAUGACAACCUUCUCGAGGCCGUUAAGCAAGCUACCAACACCGGAAUUAAGGAAGCUGGAAUUGAUGCGAGGUUGGGAGAAAUAGGCGAGCACAUUCAGGAGACAAUGGAGAGUUACGAGGUUGAGAUUAAGGGUCAAACUUAUCAAGUUAAACCAAUCAGAAACUUAAACGGUCAUGAUAUUCUACAAUGGAAGAUCCAUGGAGGAAAGAGUGUUCCAAUUGUUAAGAGCAAUGAUCAAACCAAGAUGGAAGAAGGGGAGGUUUUCGCUAUCGAAACUUUCGGAAGUACCGGAAAUGGUUAUGUUCGAGACGAUCUUGAAUGUUCUCAUUACGCUAAGGUCGCUGAUGCUCCUAACGUUCCAUUACGCAUCGCUUCAGCAGGCAAACUUCUUAAUGUUAUCAAUAAGAACUUUGGUACAUUGCCGUUCUGCAGAAGAUACUUGGAUCGCUUGGGUCAAGAUAAGUACCUACUAGGAUUAAAUGCAUUAGUCUCCCAUGGCAUCGUACAAGAUUAUCCUCCACUAGUCGACAAAAAGGGUUCAUACACUGCACAAUUUGAACAUACAAUCGUGCUCCGACCAAACUGCAAAGAGGUGAUUAGUCGCGGUGAUGACUACUAG